GGAGGUGAGGUCAUCAUUGCGCGUCGUCUCUAUUCAGACAACGCUCGGUCUCAUUCCGUUAUGUUUACCGUUUAAUUCAGUGAUCUGGGCAGUUUGUGUUGCUGUUUAAUCGCUAUUUUCUCUUAUGUGUCGUGAAUACACUUUGUAGUCGACGCGAAGUUGUUUGCAACAUGGAGUCCGGAGAGGCCAACGAGGGGGAGAAAGGAGGCUCUCUGUCGGCGGCGCAGAGGAGGGCAGAGAUCCGGAGGAGAAAACUGCUCAUGAAUUCUGAGGACAGGAUGAACAGAAUCGUAGGAUUUACUAAAAACGAGUCUGAAAACAACGCUGGAGCCCUCCGGCGUCCCACAGAACCCCGUUUCCACCUCGAUCUGGACAGGACAGAGCCGUGGUCUUCAUCCUCAUCUUCUCCGAGACCAUCUUCUUUCUUGCCAGAUGUGUCGGGGCGUGGCAGCCGCUCCCACGGUGCCACCCCAGAGAGGAGGGGCUCCCCCCUGCCAGACAGCAGCGAGCCACUGGGAGGCUCUCUCGGCAGCUCUCUGGAAGAUGAAAUCAGUGGGAUCCGACAGAGGCCGAGGGGGGAACGGGCAUCAGACGACAUCAGCGGCUCCCCACGCCGAGGCCUCCAGAAGUACCUGUCCCGUUUUGACGAUGCCAUGAAACUGCGAGGUCAGCUGGCCAAUGAGAAGCCGGCCCAGGAUGGCGGGGCUGACGCAGAGGAGUUUGAUCCCUUCAGAAUCUUCCGGCUCAUUGGCAGCAUCCUCCUCGCUGUUUUUGUCAGAGUUUUUGUCUGCAAGUUUUUGUCAAUAUUUGCUCCAUUUCUGACCCUGGAACUGGCCUACAUGGGGUUGUCCAAAUACUUUCCAAAGGUAGAGAAGAAGGCCCAGACCACUGUGCUGACCGCUGCCCUGUUGCUUUCCGGCAUCCCUGCUGAGGUCAUCAACCGCUCCAUGGACACCUACAGGAGGAUGGGUGACGUCUUUGCGGACCUCUGCGUUUACUUCUUCACCUUCAUCCUCUCGCAUGAGAUCCUGCUGCUCUUUGGAUCAGAGACUCCCUGAAGGAGCAGGAGGAUCUCAGUAACCCCGCCCUCCCUCUUGUCGUCCCCUCCAUCUAUCUCCCAUAGCAACGAGGCAUGGUCAUGAAAAUCGGCUGAUGUGGCUUUGUUUUUGACAGUCUGGAAACGAGUCCUCGCUGCCUUAUGAUCAGGGUCGCACUACAUAUGACCAG